CACUCAUGUUCCCGCGUGACAAUCCAGUGAACGACUCGAACGAACGGCGGAGGAGCAUGAUACGUGUACACCUGUUUUUUUUUCCAUCUCGCACAGAUCUUUAUCCCAUGCUUGCGAAUCUCUCAACAGUUUACAAAACAUUUCGCGACGGGCCUACAUCGGACAUCUCGUGGUCUGAACAGCAUGAUAUGAGUGUUUACCUAUUGACGCUGCUCCGAGAGUCUUUUGCUGUGAGACACUCGCUAAAACUAGUUGUCACCCACGACCACAUGAAGGUCGUAAUCACCUCUGUGAAGGCCACUUUAGAAGUGAUUUUACGUCAAGUCGGGACUGGGAAAAAAGUGGAGGGCUGGGAAGAACACGUGUGUUAUGUCCUACAGGAGAAUUUGUCGUACACAACAUUCAAGCCGCCUAUGAAUGGCAUGUCACCUUGUGCCACCCGUCCUUCUACCUUUCCACUGAGGACAGAGGCAUAGAGAAGUAGCGGGUGGGCAGGGAAAUUUGAUGGAAGGGAACGGUCACCUAACAUUCGCACCGACAGGGCCAUAGUCGAUAUGAUUAGUCCGGCCUGCGUUCAUGACAGACCUACAAACGGUAUACUUCGCAAUUCUCGCCUCGAAAGUUAGCGUAUAGUAUCACCACUUUCCCACACCCAUACUCUUCGCUUCCCUGGUAGUCCAAAAGUCCCGGAUAUCACGCCAUAAUUUCCAAACAAGUGAAUGAAAUAAGAGUAGUCUAAAUGCGAACAAUGUCAUACAAGUUCUCAUGAUGAUAAG